AGUUUUGGAUUGAGUUCACGAGCUCCGGUUGCAAUAUGCUCAGCCCAGUUAGUACUAUCUGAGUUUAAUAAAUCUCGAAAUGUUAUUCUAGAAAAGAAAUGUGAGUGUUGUCUAUCUUCUCCAAAUCUAAAUGAAUCUAUGCCCUCGGAACGUUCCUCAACCGCCACUGGGUUCUAGAGUGUUCGUAAGCCACUGUGCGGCCGGCCCUGGCACCGUCACGUCGCUUUACUUUCUGGCCUAAUUUCAUCAUCUCUCUCUCCUUCAUGUGAGGUUUCGUCUCUGGCGGUUAAUUUAGUUCAGAAUACCUUCUGCUUUGUGUCCGCAAUUGUUUUCUGCUGUGGAGGAGUCGCCGGCCGGAUUGGCCUUCUCAACCAUUUGUUCAGACGGUCACCAUGAGGAUCUUGGGGUGGAAUUGUCAGGGGUUAGGGCCUCCGUUGAUGAUAUUGAAAUUUUAGUAUAUAUAUAUAUAUAUAGUCACUGUACUUGAAGCAUGGACCUGAUUUCGUCUUCUUGAUGGAAACAAAGAACAAGACAGACUAUGUGGAUCGUUUGCGGCGGAGGUCAGGAUAUGACCUUCCGCCACGGUAAAAAGCUGGGGGAUUGGCAUGACGGUGGAAGGCUGAGUUACGGGCUCAGAUCUUCUAUUGUACAGAAAAUUAAUUUGAUGGCUGCUGUCUUGGGCCCUCCUGUUCUAGGGAGUGGCAUUUCACUUUUAUAUGUGGGUGUCCUUUCAAAGGUGAAAGGGACAGAAGCAGAUUGUGGGAUGAAUGUCGUAGCUCACGCAGAAAUCUGAGCAUAACGUAGAUUAUCUUGGGAGAUUUUAAUGCAAUUUUGAGCUAUAGCGAUAGCAAGGGCAAAGGUAUUACUCAAGCCUCUUCCUUUCGUUUUUUGGAGCAAUAUGUCUUUUUGUUGCUUGCAAGAGGUUGGUUUCAAAGGCAGCCCUUUUACUUGGAUAAAUAAUAGAUUGGGUU